UCGGGGCGUCUCCGGAAUAUGGGCGCAGACGGACUUUGUCAUCGCGCUCUACAGAAUCGGCCGUCUGCCCCUUUAACGGGACUUACUGCGGAGACGGGGCGCGCGGCGAGACACCGCUGAGUUUCUAUUUAUAGCCAGUCUGUCCGGGGAACUGGUGCCGUCAGGAGAGCUCCCUCCAAAGCACGGGAAGAUGUUUUGUCCGGCGAUUUACUGCUUUGUCCUCUUAACAGGGUCAUUUGUCUAUGGAAAAACCACCAAUACACCUUCAUUAUCCCCGACAGAGCCAAACACCAGCCUUCACUCUUUCCUAUCAAGCAGAACAGCAUCAACAAGUGCAACACCAUCUGCCAGUGUUAUCACCAGUCAAUAUUCUGUUUCUACAUACUCAGAUUCCACCACGGUGUCACCCACAAAGCCAUCGAUAGCCACAUCCACAAACUCAUCAUCAGCUAAUGCCACAAUAAAUACAACAGUCAUCCCCACGGACUCAUCCACAGCUGACGUUAAUUCCUCAUCCACGCUGAACGACACUUCCUCUAAACCUACCAGUUUACCGCUAACCAGCAUCACUGUCUCUCCGGCUUCCAAACCCACGGCAAGCUCAACAACUGCUAGCGUGGGGUCUGGCACGAGCACAAAGCCAGGCAGAACGUGUUCCACGCAGAUCCCAGCUCUAAGCUCCAGAGCCACGAUGAGCACCACGGUGCUGCCAAAGACUACAUCAGGAAAGGCCAAGAUCGAUGUAGCGGAGCCCAAAGCCCUCAGUGCAGCCAGCGUCGUGGCCAUAGUGCUCGUGGUCAUUGCCAUUGUCAUCGUGGUUUUUGGAGGAGCCUACUACCUUAAGAUGAGAAGAUCUUCCUACGGUCGCCUCCUCGAAGACAGCGAGUACAGCACCGUCGGCAACUUCCAAAAUCCACUGUACGAGCACUGAGAAACCAAGCCUCUCGCUGGCUUUCGGGAUUGAGGUCUCCCCCACCGUGACGCCGCCAUGAAGAAUGGGGAUGUGUCACCUGUCCACACCAACUGCCUUCCCUAAAAUGUGACUGUGACACUUUAUUGGUGUUAUCCUUUGUUUCUGCUGUUUGUUUUUUUAAUCGGCUAAUCUCUAGAUGUGACUUGAAUUUAUUUUUAAAUUCUCUCUCCUGUGAAUAGACGAUGCAGGUGUGCGAUAAUGUUUCCUUACCUACUUGACAGUUAGGCUCUGAUGAUGAACGUACACUCAGGACAGGAAGUGGUUUGGACUGGCAGUCACUUUCAGGAAGCGCUGCCUCUAAUGUCGCAGCCACACAUCAGGGCCCAGACACAACCUUUUCUUCUCAAACGUUUCUCAAAAAACUUUUGUUGAAAGGUGGUUUUAUUUUGUUUAUGAAGAUUAACAUGUAGCAGAGUUCAGUUAAGCAUAAAAAGUCACAGUCAGAGAGGACUCAGCUGGUUGGUUGAAACAAAACCUUAGUCUAGGUUUGUACUGUCUGGACCUGAAUUUUCCGCCUCUGUCUGUAAUGGAUUAUUUUUGUGAGUAAGAUCCACACCAAUGUAUAUAAACAACAGACUGUUGGUUAAAAGUUAGAUGAACAGGGAACUUAGACUCGCCAUUCAGUAGGAGAAUCUUCUUCCAGCCUCACAGGUCCUGCAUCCUUCUCCUCCCCUCUGUCUUCUUCUUAGUAGCCUUUCCGCACUCUGCUAAUGUAAAUCUGAUCAUCACCUUGUUAUGUGAGUACUACUCCCACCAGCCCAGGGCCUCAGAAGUGUUCCUCCAUAAGAGACGAUUUCACAAGCUGACAGGAUGCUGUGGUUGACAUCUUUCACAAUGUCAUAAAGAGAACAGUUUACACGGUGCGUUAGAAAAAGUCUAACGGUGUGCCGUUGUGUUACACUGGUUAAAGAAAGUGUUCAUCCCUAUUUUUUUUUUUUUAUCGUGUUAGAAACAACAAAUAAAAAAAUUAAAGACUGUUUGAUUAGG